AUGUCUAAAAAUAAAAGUCACACACACACAGAGUUCAGUGAGGGCAGCCCUUCGCCCUCCACCCUGGAGUCUUCCAUGGCAACAGCACCUGUGUAUUCCAUUCAGCCAAUCAAAUUCCCCCCUGACUCUUGAGAACCAGAGUCACAUGAUGAGCAGCACAGCCUUUGACCUUCCUCCGUGUUGUUGUUAUGAUUUUAUUUUUUUAUACAUUUUUUAAUGGAAGCAGAGAUUUCAGUCCAACGGUUUUGGAAAUCAAUCGUCAUCCAGCCAAUGAGUUUAGUUCCAGUGCUGCCAUCUGAUUGGUCAAUUCAGCCAAUUGCUUUUUGUCUGUCUGUUUUUUUUAAUGGUUGUUCAUCUUUUUUUGUUGUUUCAGGGGAAUAUGUCAGAUGUCAUCUCCUGAUGGUUGGAGUGGAUAUGCGCAUCACUUUGACCACAUGGAGGUGCUGAUGGAAACAUGUGAUUAUUGUCAUUAAAAGACAGAAUAAGACAAAAAAUAACAAUAAUGAUGAUAAUAAAUGACUAAUAGAUGUAUGAAUACAUAAAGAGAACUGCUCUUGGCCUGUAAACACACACAGGCAGAUGUUGGAGGCAUCUUUAGUCCAUUCCAGCUGCCUCGGUCCGCGCCUGUCUUUGCGCAUGUCUCUGCCUCCACCUUGGAAAGCAUCGGGGAGGAAGGAGAGGAGGAGAAAAGGAGGCGAGCGCACAAAUACAAUGGUCUCGGAAACUGGCAACGACAAUCUGAAGGCCGACUAUCUCCAGUACGAAGCGAGCUACUCCCCCGACUCAUCCUCUCCGGAAGCCGGCCAGCUGAGCAGGAGGCGGGACACCCAGACCACCAGCGGCAGCAUCAACCCGGAGGAGAGCGGCAGCAUCCGGCCCCUGGUCUCCUCUGCCGCGGCCGCCUCCUGCAUCAUGACAUCGGGGGAGUUCAUGCAGAGCGCCCCGCUGCUGGCGCACCGGACCAAGAGGAGCCUGCUGUACAAGGCGCUCUGCUUCCUGCUGCUCGUCUUCCAGGGCGGCGUCCUGGACUUCUACCUCAUCAUCUUCACCGACCUGUACUGGUGCUCGUGGAUCGCCACGGACCUGGUGGUGAUCUCGGGCUGGGGCAUCUUCUUCAUGAAGAACGCGCGGAGCAAGCGGGAGCGGGCCUGCGGCUUCCACCAGAAGGGCUCCAUCUUCGGCUGCAACCUCGGCGAGUUCACCUACGCCUACCUGGCCUGGCUCAUCUAUGUGAUCGCGUGCACCCCCAAGGUGGUGCUCAUCCUGGAGACCUCCAUCCUGGACCUGGUGGCGCUGAAGGUGCCGUGCGGGGCCACCGGGUUCAAGAUCGUGGUGCUGCUCUCCGCGCCGCUGCUCUACUGCCUCAUCAACUCCAUCAUCGAGGACCUGAACGGGGCCACGCGGCACCACUCCCACAGCUGCUUCCUGGGCACCUGCCUGGACCUGCUGGACAGCUUCACGCUGCUGGAGAUGCUGCUGCGGAGGGAGAUCCCCACCGCCUACCUCAAGUACACCGUCAUCUCCGUGUACUUCGUGGCCCUGGCCGUGCCGGUGGUGUGGCUCUACGCGCUGACCGCGUCCGAGCUGCGCUGCCGGUGGCUGUGGGCGCGCUUCGCCACGGGCCUGCUGGUCAACGCCCCCCUGCUGGUGGUGCGCUGCUUCCAGGUGUACGUGUACGAGAUGCCCGUGUCGGUGUUCAUGUUCAAGAACAUCUUCUUCCUGGCGUGCGCGCUCCUGGAGCUGGUGGAGCAGUGCGCGGCGGUGCGCGGGGUCCGGCGGCUGGCGGGCGGCAGCAACACGGCCCAGUUCUCCCACUGCGUGUCCGAGAACGACAUGUGUCCGCACGGAUACGUCAACACCCUGGCCGUCACCCAGUCGUAGA